AUAUUAAAUUGUUUUUUGUUUUUUUUUCCGGGUAUUUUUAAUUCUUCCCAAAAGUGUUAGAUUUAUUUUUUACGUGUGCUUUUUCAUUGGUGAUUUUGAAGGGAGUAGAUAGAUUUUAGCUUCAGAUUAUUGGAUUAUUAUGUUAUAAUUGGGAGCUAAUACCAGUUCAUAUCUUGGUAAUUUUCACUUGAAUGCUGCUGAGUAUUACUCUAUUUUGUUGUAUGAGAGGUUUGAUUCACGUGGCUUACCAAAAAGUCGGUGCUUGUUUCUCGAUGUUUGUGAUUGACUGGAAGUACUUGGACAUAUGCUUUUGUUGUGUUAGUUUGCAGCAAUCAGUUCAGUUGAGUGUGAUCGGUAAUGUGGAAAAAUGGAGAAAGAAAGGAACUUUACUGGACUAGUUUCCACCAUGAUUCUACUUCUUAAUGAAUAUUCUGUGAUGGGAUCGCAAUGUGCAUGAAUCUUUUCUCUUUUUAAGUUGGUUGAAGUUGAAUUGUAAUCGUAAAAUCGAAAAAAAAGGGACAACUUUUAUGGGAUUUGGUAAUAAGCAGAGAACUUUGCUUUCCUGUGAAGUGAAGGGGAUUGCUGCAUCUAUGAAUGUUUUCUUUCUUCUUGGAAGGGAAGAGAAAAUUUACUAAGACAUGAAUCAAUCAAGCGGGUGUCCAUUCAGGAUUUAACUUCUAUCUUAUUUUUAUGAUCUCAUUUAUUUGUUUUCUUAACUUGUAAGUUUUAUGUAUAGGUCUUAGCAUAUGGGUUCUAACUCAGUUGAGGAUAUGAUAGAAGCCUCAUCUGGGGUCCACUUUUCUGGAUUCCAUAUGGAUGGUUUGGAGUCAAAAAUUAUUGAGAAGCCUACAACCUCACCGGGUGCUGAAAAUGUGCAUAAACAACCUUUUAUUAUUGGAGUUGCUGGGGGAGCAGCAUCAGGUAAGACUACAGUCUGCGAUAUGAUUAUUCAGCAACUUCAUGAUCAGCGUGUAGUAUUAGUUAAUCAGGAUUCCUUUUAUCACAAUCUCACUGAAGAGGAACUUGCUAGGGUUCAUGAAUACAACUUUGACCAUCCUGAUGCAUUUGACACAGAGAAAUUAUUAGAUUCUAUAGAAAACUUGAGGCAUGACCGAGCAGUAGAUAUUCCAAACUAUGAUUUCAAGAGUUAUAAAAGUAAUGCUUUUCCUGCAAGAAGGGUUAAUCCUUCAGAUGUUAUAAUUUUGGAAGGGAUACUCAUUUUUCAUGACCCUCGUGUGCGAGAGUUGAUGAACAUGAAGAUAUUUGUUGAUACAGAUGCUGAUGUACGUCUGGCUAGAAGAAUAAGGCGUGAUACUGUUGACAAAGGAAGAGAUAUCGGUGCAGUCCUUGAUCAGUAUUCAAAGUUUGUGAAGCCUGCCUUUGAUGACUUUAUACUUCCAACAAAGAAGUAUGCAGAUAUUAUCAUUCCCCGUGGGGGAGAUAAUCAUGUAGCAAUUGAUUUGAUUGUGCAACAUAUCAGGACAAAGCUUGGACAGCAUGAUCUUUGUAAAAUCUACUCAAAUUUAUAUGUCAUUCAAUCAACUUUUCAGAUACGGGGCAUGCAUACCCUCAUUCGUGAUUCUCUAACAACAAAACAUGACUUCGUUUUUUACUCUGAUCGGUUGAUUCGUCUGGUUGUUGAACAUGGGCUGGGACAUCUGCCUUUUACAGAAAAGCAAGUGAUCACUCCAACUGGGUCUGUAUAUACAGGUGUGGAUUUCUGUAAGAGGUUAUGUGGUGUUUCGGUUAUUAGGAGUGGUGAGAGUAUGGAGAAUGCGUUGCGAGCAUGCUGCAAAGGUAUCAAGAUUGGCAAAAUUCUUAUUCACAGGGAAGGUGACAAUGGUCAGCAGCUUAUUUAUGAAAAACUACCGCAAGACAUCUCAGAGAGGCAUGUACUGCUACUGGAUCCUAUCCUAGGCACAGGCAAUUCAGCUGUUCAAGCUAUUUCCUUGCUUAUAAAAAAGGGUGUACCAGAGUCCAACAUCAUAUUUCUCAAUCUCAUAUCUGCACCUCAGGGUGUACAUGUGGUGUGCAAAAGCUUCCCAAGAUUAAAGAUUGUAACGUCUGAGAUUGAAAUUGGUUUAAAUGAAGAUUUCCGAGUUGUCCCUGGUAUGGGUGAGUUUGGAGACCGAUAUUUUGGAACAGAUGAUGAUGAUAACCUGCACGCGGUGGCCCCUAUGCAAUUGUCCAAUCAGAGCCGCUGAAAUUUCAAUACCAAGAUGAUAUACUGCCUCAACUGGAGGGUUCAGCUAAGUAUGUUUUAGUCAUAAUGAACUUGGAAACAAUUUUGACUUAAUCAGACCUGGAGUUCCCAUAGUUGAAUUGUUAUUAUUAUCAUUAUUAUUUUUUGCCUUUUUUUUUCCCCUAAAAUCUUUGGAGUCACACACUAGGGCUGCCAUUUACAGAAUCCUUAUCAUCAGAUGAUAAUACUUGAAUGGUGUUAUAGGGAACUAGGGGGUAGUAGCCUAUUUCUUUUCUUUGAUGUUAUUAUAGGGGACUGGGGAGUAGAGUUGCAGGCACAAGUAGUUUUAUAGAAUGAUAAUUACAUGAUAUUUAUGUGUACUUUUAUAAACUCCGAUAGUUGAGUUCAAUAUAAUGAAAAUCCAGACUUCUUUCAA